GAGACAGAAUAAUAACACAAAGCUAGCUGCGAUGGAAGUAGUUCCAAUGCGCCACAUGAAGGGAGGAUCAGGAGACACAAGUUAUGCCACGAAUUCGUUGCUUCAGAGAGAAGCGAUUAACAAGAUGAAGACCGUCAUAGAGGAAGCCAUAACAAAUCUCUGCAAAACCAAUUACCCAACAACACUAGCCAUAGCUGAUUUGGGAUGUUCAUCUGGACCUAAUUCUCUAUACUUGGUCUCUCAAAUCAUCCAAGUAGUUGAGAGAAUUUCGGAACACGAAUCGCCAGAAUAUCAAGUGUUCUUGAAUGAUCUUCCUACCAAUGACUUCAACACUAUUUUCAAGUUCUUGCCUAGCUUUCAACAAGAGAUGAAGAAACUAAUGGGUAUUGGACCCUGCCUUGUUAGUGCAGUUCCUGGCUCUUUCUAUGGCCGGCUUUUCCCCAAAAAUAGUUUGCAUUUUGUCCAUUCUUCUUCUAGCAUUCACUGGCUCUCUCAGGUUCCAGAUAGGCUAGAGAGGGCUGAUAGCAGUCUGACAAGUGUGUACAAAGCUUACUACGAUCAGUUUCAAAAGGAUUUCUGUUCAUUUUUGAAGGGUCGUUCAGAGGAAUUGGUCGCGGGAGGGCGUAUGGUUUUGACAUUCUUGGGAAGAAAUAAUGAAGAUCCUUUUAAACGUGAGAGUACCUAUGCUUUGGAGCUCCUUGCUCUUGCUCUCAGUCAAUUAGUCUCUGAGGGAUUCAUAGAAGAGGAGAAAGUCAAGUCAUUCAAUUUUCCAAUGUAUGCAGCAUCCCCUACUGAGGUGAAAUUAGAGAUUGAAAAAGAAGGAUCAUUCAGGAUUAAUCGUCUGGAGCUCACUGAAAUUGAUUGGAAUGCUAGUAAACAAGAAUCCGACCAAGUAGAUGAUGAUGAUGCAGUUAAAAGCAGUGGAUAUAGCAUGGCAAAGUGCGUCAGAGCUGGUAUUGAACCAUUUCUUGUGGGUCACUUUGGUCAAGAGAUCAUGGACGAGUUGUUUAGCCGCUACAGGGAGAUUAUUACUGCUCACAUGUCUAAGGAGAAGAAGCCUACGUUAGACUAUCUUAUUCUUUCCCUCACUAAGAAGGAUUGAUUGCUGGACACAAAAUAUAAUACACGUAUAUCAUCGAUCGAUCCAUAGGUCUUUCAUUUCAAGUGUUCUGUUGGGAAUGUAGUCUGGCCUAAAUUUGUUUAUCAUUGUGACUCAUUUUGUCAUUUUUUAAAUUCAGGUACAUCUCGUUAUUGUCCAGUGUUA